AUUAAUUUUUUCAUAAUAGCUUUGUUUGCCAAGUAAUACAUAACUUAAUAUCUAAGUACUGUCAACGUCAUUUAAAAAAACUUUUUCUGUGUUUAUUCAAAUCGUAGUUUAUAAAUAGCGGGUUUGAUUAAAUCAGCAGAACUACAACAACUAAUCAAUAAAUAGUUCUUAUACUCCGUAGAGACAAGUAACAAAAAUGAUGAUGCUAUCAUAACCUAAAAAAAUUUAAAUGUAACAAUGCAAUCUCUGCAGUCUUUUUACUUUAUAUUUUAUAUUCAAUAAAACGUACUCUAUCUAAAAAUCGUUAACUUUACAGGUAAUUAAAAUUAAAGAAUACCAAAUGGCUUGACAGUGAAACAGUUUUUCGGAAAAGUCUGGAAAACAAUCUUCAGAAAUCAAUUUAAAUGGCAUGUCACUUAAGUGAAAAUGUCUCAACACAGAUUUUUACACCUAGGGAAUAUCAAGUGGAGUUGCUGGACUCGGCGAAAAAUAAAAAUAUCAUUAUUUGUUCCAGUAGUAGUAUUGCAAAAACAUUCAUAGCAGUCAAACUUGUUCAAGAAUUAGCCUAUGAUAUACGCUUUAAAAGGGGCAAGCAAGCAGUAUUUGUCUUAGAUUUACAAAACGUUGUUGUUAUAGAAUCACACAUGAAAUUACUCACAGAUUUAACUGUGGUUAGUAUAAAAGAAUGCAUUAAUAGUUACACAGAAUGGAAGGAUCAUAGUGAAGCUGCAGUAAUAGUGACAACUGCUGAAGUAUGUGCAAAAUUGUUAUCUGACAACUAUUUAACAUUUGAAAAAUUAAAUUUGUUAGUUGUGGAUGACUAUUUGUAUGGAGAAAGGCAAGUCCAUGUAAAGCACAUUAUGAAAUAUUAUCAUUUAAGUAGAGUAUGUAAUACAAGGAUAAUUGGUCUAGCAGCAGGACUUCUGGGAGCAGAACUGAAACCUGAUUGUUUAGAGUCAGAGCUACGACGUUUAGAAAAUUUGUUGUGUUCAUCUGUAGAUACAUCCAGUGAAUUAGUUACAUUGUUAAGAUUAUGCUCAAAACCUAGGGAAAAUUUAAUAGAAUGUGAAGUUGAAAAAUGUUCGACUCUUCAAGAAGUACUAAAGGAAAAGAUUUUAGAAACUAAGGAAUUUUUAAUAGAUCAUCGUUUUGAUCCAAGUGAAAUAUAUUCAGAUGAAUUCCUUGAAGAACUUUUAGCGCUACCUGAUCCCAAGAUAGACCCUUUAAAUAUUUUAGACAUAUUCCUACAUAUAUUAGAAGAUCUUGGUCCCUGGGCUGCAGAUCAAGCCGCUCUUAGUUUGCUUACAUACAUAGAAAAAUUAAAAGUAAAAGUUCCUUAUGAACGUCAUUUCAUUUUGCUUUGCAUGAUCUCUACAGUUAUGGUAAGAAUACGGGCAAUAUGUGACUGGGAGUUUCAAGACUUAUCAGAAAUGGAAAAAAUAUUGCGCUACUCAACAAAAAAGGUUCUUAACUUACUAGAUAUAAUUAGACAAUUUAAACCAAAUUCUGAACAAAUAAUUGAAACAAAAGAUGAAGCAAAACUUGAAGAUAAUAUCUUAAAAAUUAAUGGAGAUAAUGAAAACUGCGACAAUCCUGCUGAAAAUUUAAAAAAUUUUUCAAUCAAUCAGAAAAGUAGUAUAUCAAACAAUAACUUUAAUAUGCAAACAAAAAACAAAAGGGCAUAUAGAAUUUACCGGCGUAGUAAUUAUACUAGAGUUCAACAAGAUGAUAAUUUAUGUGCUAUUAUUUUUGUUCAUAAUCGAUUUACUGCUAAAGUUCUGUAUUCACUGCUGUAUAAUGUUAGUCAAAAUGAUGAAGAAAUGUGGUGGGUAUCUGCUCUCUACACUGUGGAGAAGACAGCUGAUCCAUUAAAAGAGCCCCGCGAAGCUGAACUAGAGCAUCGACGCCAAGAAGAAGUUUUACGAAAAUUUAGAAUGCACAGCUGUAAUAUUAUGGUAGCUACUUCUGUUCUCGAGCAAGGCUGUGAUUUGCCCAAAUGUAAUCUCGUCAUUUGUUUUGAUUUGCCACUAUCUUUUCAUAGCUACGUUAAAACAAAAGCGCGAGCUCGAGCUGCAGAUGCAUACUAUUUGUUAUUAUCCAACGAAACGGAAUUGAAUAAAUUUGUCGAGCAUUUAUCAGAAUAUAAGGAAGUUGAAAAUAUUUUGUUAAAGCAUUGCCAGGUUUUAGAGCCUGAUGAGCAGGAAUGCAUCGAAGCAGAUUACUACUGUGCUUCUGGUCCUCUCUACCAACCGCUUAAUAUACCCGGUGCUCCUUCUGUAACCCUAAUGAAUGCAAUAGCACUUAUAAAUAGAUAUUGCGCAAAAUUACCAAGCGAUACAUUUACUCGUUUAACACCGUUGUGGUCGAUUCUUAAAACGCAACAUCAAUUUUCCUGUUGUCUUCGUCUACCUAUCAACUCUCCAUUAAAAAAUAAAAUAACUGGUCCUCUAAUGCCUAAUGAGCUCCUCUCUAGAAGAGCUGUUGCGUUUAUUACAUGUCAGAUGCUUCAUAAAAUCGGUGAAUUAGACGACUAUCUUCAGCCUAUAAGCAAAGAAAAUUUUCGAACAAGUGAAGACGACUGGAAUAAAUUUGCUCUUGAGGAAGCAGAUGAAGAGCUAAACAGGGAAAAUAUCGAACCACGACCAGGAACUACGAAACGCAGACAGUACUAUUACAAAAAAGUCGCGAAUUCUCUAAUGCAUUGUAAACCGAAUCCUGGUGAAGCAACUUUCCUUUAUAAAAUUGUCAUGACAUUAACGUGUCCUUUACCAGAGGAACAGAAUACACGAGGAAGAAAAAUAUAUCCACCAGAAAAUUUUGUACAAGGAUUUGGUAUCUUAACUUCAAAAGAAAUUCCAACUAUUUGUCCAUUUCCAAUUUUUACGAGGUCCGGAGAAGUUAGUGUAGAAUUGAAGUUAUGUUCUUCAGAUAUAGUAAUGACUGAUGAACAAAUUCAUAAAAUAAGCGAAUUUUUAAAUUACACAUUCUCUAACGUUUUGAAAUUACAAAGGUACUUAAUGCUGUUUAAUCCAGAUGCUUCAGAAAGUUCGUUCUUGAUUGCACCAACAAGAGAUACUUCUAAUGGUAGUGCUAUUGUUGACUGGGAUUUUUUAAAUAUUAUUUAUGAAAAUAGGUACAUAUUACCACAAACAGUACCAGAAACGACUAGAAAAGAGUACAGAUUUGAUCCCAAUAAUUAUAAAGAUGCAGUUGUGAUGCCAUGGUACCGUAAUCAAGAUCAGCCGCAGUACUUUUAUGUUGCUGAAAUUUGCUGCAAUCUCAAUCCUAAAUCAAAUUUUCCGGGCUCUGAAUAUGCCACAUUUGAAGAAUAUUAUCUACGAAAGUAUGGAAUACAAAUCCAGAACAGUGAACAGUACUUAUUAGAUGUUGAUCACACUUCAGCCCGUCUUAAUUUUUUGACCCCCCGUUAUGUAAAUCGUAAGGGUGUUGCUUUACCCACGAGUAGCGAAGAAACAAAGCGUGCAAAACGGGAAAACUUGGAACAAAAACAGAUUCUAGUACCUGAAUUAUGUGCUAUACAUCCAUUUCCUGCAUCUCUUUGGAGGAAAGCAGUUUGUCUCCCUUGUAUUCUUUACAGAAUAAAUGCAUUACUUUUAGCCGAUCAAGUGAGACGGACUGUAGCGGUUGAACUUGGAUUAGGCAAAAUUGAACUCCCAAAAGAUUUUAAAUGGCCUUCUUUAAAUUUUGGAUGGAGUUUGAGUGAUGUUUUGAAGAAAACCAAAGAGAUAGAAUUGGCGAAAGACAGUAUAACUCAAGUUAAAGAAAUUGAUGUGGUUGAAAUUUCUGCAAUCGUUGAAAAAGACUCUAACGAUUCUCAAGAACCGAGUGAAAAAUCCUUAGUUAAAGAAGAUGACAAGGAGAAAGAAGAAGUUGAUGAAUCAGAUUCUGAAAAUAAAGAUAAGGAUUGGAUGGAAAUAGGAACGUGGUCUAAUGAUAUGGCAGAUUCAUCUGUUUACACAACCGACAGUAUUGUCCGUUAUGCAUCUCCUACAAGUUGGUUAGAUACUCCAUAUGAUUAUUCUGAUUCUGAUGAUUCAUACAGCAUAGAAGAAGAAGAAUCUGACUACGAAGGGCUUAAAAUUGAAUUUAUGGGUGAUAAUACUGCCGAAGCGGUGGACGAAGGUAAUGCAAUCGAAAACUAUACCCAAACAUUGGCUAUAAUCGAUACUUGGGAUCCUAAUAAUGCCGAUGAGCAAUCGGAAGAAUUAAAACAGGAGUUUUACGAAAACUGUCGAAAAAAUGCCGAUCAUAUCUUGUCAAGUAAUGUACUAGUGCCAAAAAAUAAACGGUUUUGUAGAGAAACUUACGAUAGCUCAAAUAAAUUAAAUGAAACACUUAAUACACAUUGUGAUAAUGGAAUUAAUUUUGAAUGUAUUGAACUGCCCCAAAAGUCGCUAGUUGUAAACGCAACUUCUAGUCAAAAUAAUAGCAAAAAGACAAUGUGCAAUAUUAAUACGGAAUUAAAUUUUAGUUUUGAUAAGCAACCAGAUCUAAAAGAACAUCCUGGUCCGAGCCCGAGCGUGUUACUUCAAGCCUUAACAAUGUCAAAUGCCAACGAUGGUAUUAAUUUAGAACGUUUAGAAACGAUAGGCGAUUCGUUUUUAAAAUACGCCAUAACUAAUUACCUUUAUUCUAAGUAUGAAAAUGUUCACGAAGGAAAAUUAAGUCAUUUACGUUCGAAACAAGUGAGCAAUUUAAAUUUGUAUCGAUUAGGAAAGUCAAAAGCCUUGGGUGAAUCGAUGAUAGCCACAAAAUUUGAUCCACAUGACAACUGGCUCCCUCCUUGUUACUAUGUGCCAAAGGAACUAGAGGAAGCUCUGAUGGAUGCAAGGGUACCAGCUAAUUACUGGACUCCGGCUGAUGUUGCUGCCACUAGAGAUAUGUCUUUAGAUGAGAUAUGCCAAAUGGUACGUGAACACGGCGAGGCUUUAAAUUUGCCUUGUAUUAUUCCAUAUAACUUAGUUACCCAACACAGUAUUCCCGACAAAAGUAUAGCAGACUGUGUCGAAGCGUUGAUAGGCGCUUAUUUGAUUGAGUGUGGACCUAGAGGAGCCCUCCUUUUCAUGGCGUGGUUGGGUAUUAGAGUUCUUCCACAAAACAAAAACGGAUGUUACGGUGAAUUGCAAUUACCUUCUUCUCCUUUAAUUAACAACGUGGAAAAUCCUCUACAAGAAUUGGAAUACUUAUUAGAUGGUUAUGACGAAUUUGAGAAUAAAAUUGGCUAUCAUUUUAAAGACCGUGCCUAUCUCUUACAAGCCUUAACUCAUGCUUCUUAUUCACCUAACACAGUAACAGAUUGUUACCAAAGACUCGAAUUCUUGGGAGAUGCCGUGUUAGAUUAUCUUAUAACUCGCCAUCUGUAUGAAGACUCCAGAAUGCAUUCUCCAGGUGCAUUGACCGAUUUAAGAUCUGCAUUGGUAAAUAAUACAAUAUUUGCUUCAUUAGCAGUUCGACAUGGAUUCCACAGAUUUUUUAGACACUUAUCGCCAGGUUUACAUGAGGUGAUCGAACGAUUUGUAAGGAUUCAAGAAGAAAGUGGUCAUGCUUUAGUGGAAGAAUUGUAUCUCCUUGCGGAGCACGAGUGCGAAGAAGUAGAAGACGUAGAAGUUCCAAAAGCUCUUGGUGACGUUUUCGAAUCAGUUGCAGGGGCAAUAUUUUUGGAUUCUGACAUGUCUUUGGACGCGGUUUGGAAUGUUUAUUACAAUAUGAUGCGUAGCGAAAUCGAGAGGUUUAGUGACAAAGUGCCUAAGUCUCCUAUAAGAGAACUUCUCGAAUUGGAACCAGAAACUGCCAAGUUCAGUAAACCUGAGAAAUUAGCAGACGGUAGAAGAGUACGUGUGACUGUUGAAGUGUUUGGGAAAGGUGUUUUUAAAGGAAUUGGUCGGAAUUAUCGAAUUGCUAAAUGUACUGCAGCUAAAUGUGCUUUGAAACACUUAAAGAAACGUGGCUUGUUAAGGAAGAAUUAGUUAUUGCUUUA